AUGAGUGCUGCUGGAGCUGAAGCUUGCGCUUCUGAUGGCAUAAAUGACGUAUACGAGGCGCUCGAGAGCUACAACUGGGAUGACGAUGUCGAGUUCCAAGCUGGUCUCAGUGCCAUCCUCGGCAGCAACAGCUCGCCUGAGCAAGCCGCCGAGCUAGCCUUGCGAGCGCGUUGCUUCUACUAUGCCAGAAAGUUCAGUACCACUGUUGAUUUCGAGGGAUACAAAGCGUACCGUGACGCACGUGGUCGACCCCCACCUCAAACGAACGGCGUGCAGCCGCUCGACUUCAGCGAGUCUACCUUCGAUGCACCGAGUAGCGCAAUGCCAGCGCCUACGAACCCAAGUGAACCUCCUGCGCCGUACCCCACCUCAUUCGCGCAUAUUGUAGAGCUCAUCACGACCGGACAGCCGAUCCCGGGCAUUAAGGAGAUACCGAACACUGUCUUGGAAGGGCAGGGCACACAGGCUGAGAAGCCGAAGAGGAAGAAGCCUUGGGAGAAGGACGAGCUUGCAGUAGCAGCAGAAGGCGCAUCAUCAGCUUGA